UAAAGAUGAUUAUACAGACAAGGCUGGGUCAUCAGUAACACCGGAAGUCGACCCCUAAGGGUUCAGCGCGCAUGCGUAAUCCUCUCUCUCUCUCGCGUUCGACCUCCACUCGUCACCGACCUCUUAAUCGUCUGCAGCUCCAGUGCUUGACCCGACUAGGACGUCCUGUCAUCAUGUAUGCCUGUGCUAAAUUCGUCUCAACGCCCUCUUUGGUCCGUGCAGGAUCCCGGGCUCUGUACAGGCCGCUGUCAGUAGCUGCUGUUUCGGAUGGAAAGAGGGCAGAAACCGCUGCAUUUCUACCACUCCAUGGACUUGGCACCUCUCAGCAUCAGGUGUCGCUGCGUGGAUUCCAGACCAGCGCGGUCAGCCGUGAUAUCGACACUGCUGCCAAGUUCAUUGGCGCUGGAGCUGCCACUGUCGGCGUGGCCGGAUCUGGAGCCGGUAUUGGGACAGUGUUCGGUAGCCUCAUCAUUGGUUAUGCCAGGAACCCUUCUCUGAAGCAACAGUUGUUCUCUUACGCCAUCCUGGGCUUUGCGCUUUCCGAGGCCAUGGGUCUUUUUUGUCUGAUGGUUGCGUUCCUCAUUCUGUUCGCUAUGUAACACAUUGUAACAUUUCUGCAGCUGGGGACGUGUCACAACGUGAGCAAGAAUGAAGUCUGCAUGUCCAUGAAUGGUCCAAGAACUCAAUCAUGGUGCUUAGUCCUCAUUGUCUGAAAUGAUUGUGAACAGUUGGCAAACCCACCAUUUUUAAUGGUUUUUGCUAAUCUAUUGUAUAUUUAAUCAAAUGUGGUUUUUUUUUGUUAAGUAUCUCAUAACAAAAGAAACCAUUGGAUCAGUAAA